CUUCCAACGAUAAUGAGAUCAAUCUUCGAUCUACAAAUUGCUGACGAAAUGCCUUGUUUUGACCCAAAAGGCGUUAUUUUCAUUACAAACAAAUGGGAUGCACUUCAAGGUACUCACGAAGAUGGAGAGGAGGAUAUAAGGACACGUACCUGGAGACAUGUGAAGAAAGGAAUAUCAGAUGAUGUUGGUACAUUUAAGGAGAUCCAGGAAACCUUAGAUAACGUUAUUAAAGAAAACGAAAACAUAAGAGUAAAACAUCAUUUCAAUUUUUUACAGAAGUUACUUGAUGAUAUUAAGAUCGACAUACGUGCAAGACUAAAGAGUGUUUUUCUCACUGAAGAAGAGCAGACUUUGUCACUGGAAGAAACUCAAUUGAAAGUUGAAAAAUUGAAGGGUGACAUCGUAAAGCGGCGUAAACAGUUUGGGGAUCGCUUAGAUGAACUUAUAACAAAAAUUGCUGAUGAAAUCGUUCAAUUUGCAAAGAACGGGGAAGGAAUGAAUGCAAUCUUAAACCCACCAAGACAUAUUCCUAUUAUAGACUCCCCUUACCCUGAGAAAAUGGAGGAAACAGUCCAAAGUAGAGUGGAUAUGUAUGUGAAUCAAAACGUCAGGAGUCCAGAAGUUAGGGAAAAAUUUGAUUUGAUUAUGGCUGACAUCAAAAAUGUUUAUGAAGAAAUGUUGUCAGAGCUCUCCGAAAUGGAACGAAAAUGGACACAUUUAGAUAAGCAACAGGAAGAGGAAUUUUUUGAAGAGGAGACCGUAGUAAAAUAUGCAAUGUGGAUUCCGGUUGUAGUAAUUGGCCUUGUUUUAGCCUUUCAAUCAGGAAUUGGAAUAGACAUUGCACCCCUUACAGGUCCUUUUAAACUUUUUCAUAAGAAAUCUGAUGAAAAAUAUUCACUUAUAGAAAUUAUGUACAAAGAUUACAUAGAAACAUUACACGAGUACAUUUGUAAAGAACUUACAAAUGUGUAUGGGUAUAAUAUAAAAAAAUCAAUAGAAAAGAUAACGGGUGACAUAGUACCCAAAAGAAUAGAAAAAUUACAAGAUGUUAUUCAAGCUCUUUCCUUGAAUCGUCAACAUAUAAUUGAAAACCAAGAACAUCUCAAAAGAUUAUCAACAAAGCUUGCAUUGAUCAACAAAGAACGAGAUGAUAUUUGCGAGGCCGUCAAUUCACUAACAAAGGAUAACUUGUGACUUCAUUUUUUGCCAUUGCUCGUAAAACUUUUCAUCACACGAAUCGCAGAUAGCGGUAUUUUUGUGACAUUAAACACAUAUUUAUAUUUACUGAAAAGAAACAAAUAUCAUUUUCCUGCCUGAUUCUGUCUUGAGAGUCCCUUUUAACGACUACUGUGGAAUCAUUUUUAUUUUUAUUUUGGGGGUCAAUGUUCGUGGGUAGCCAAAUAUUUCCUGGUUCAUGGGGACGUUAUUUCUUUGGUACCAAGUUCUAUUUUGUUUUUUUUUUCCCAAAGUUAAAACAAAGAA